AUGGCCUCUAAAGAGCAAAAGAAACAAACCGCUGGUAAGGGUGUUACCGACUUGAUUGCAGGUGGUGUAGCUGGUUUGUUUGAAGCAUUAUGUUGUCAUCCUUUAGAUACAGUUAAAGUCAGAAUGCAAUUGUAUCGUAAAUCUGGUCAGAAGCCUCCCGGAUUCUUAAGAACCGGUAUUAAUAUCGUUCAAAAGGAAACGUUUUUGUCGCUUUAUAAGGGGCUUGGUGCUGUUGUUAUUGGUAUUGUGCCAAAGAUGGGGAUUAGAUUCUCUUCGUACGAGUUCUACCGUUCCCUUUUGUACGCCCCAGAUGGGUCUAUUACCACUGGUGGUACUUUCAUUGCUGGUGUAGGUGCUGGUAUCACUGAAGCUGUCUUGGUCGUCAACCCUAUGGAAGUGGUCAAGAUUCGUUUACAGGCUCAACAUCACUCCAUGGCUGACCCAUUGGACGUUCCAAAGUACAGAAACGCUCCUCAUGCUGCCUACACCAUUAUUAAGGAAGAAGGUUUCAAGACAUUGUACCGUGGUGUCUCAUUAACCGCUGCCAGACAAGCCACCAACCAGGGUGUGAAUUUCACCGUCUACUCCAAAAUUAGAGAAAGAUUGCAAGAAUACCACGGAACCAAAGAUUUACCAUCCUGGGAAACUUCGUGCAUUGGUCUCAUUUCCGGUGCCUUGGGUCCAUUGUCGAACGCUCCAUUAGAUACCAUCAAAACCAGAUUACAAAAGACCACCUAUGCAUCCAAUGAAUCCGGUUUAGUGCGUAUUGUCAAGAUUGGUAACCAAUUGGUGAAGGAAGAAGGUAUGGCUGCUUUAUAUAAGGGUAUCACCCCAAGAAUUAUGAGAGUUGCUCCAGGACAAGCUGUUACUUUCACUGUCUACGAAUAUAUGAAGAAGGUUUUAAACGGAGAAACUCAUAUUCCAGGUUUGUCAAACAGCAAGAAAUUUGAUUAA